AUGCAUGUGAGGAAACUUCUCUCGCGGAUCGGGAAAUCGCUCCCUCGCCCUUUCCUCUCCUCGGCCACCCUGAAAGUCCGCCCUUGCUCAGCCGCCGCGAUAUCCCCGCCGUCCGCCGCCGUCUCCUACCACGCCUCCGCCGCCCCCCCGCCUCGACUCUCCCUUCCACAGAGAGAUGUCAGUGAAGACCAGAGCGUGGCGCGAUCGAACUGGUGGAUCACGCAGCUCACCAGAGAAGGGAAGCCCGCCGAAGCACGCCGGAUGUUCGACGGAAUGUCCAAGCACGACGUCGUCUCGUGGACCGCCAUGGUUUCCGGCUACAUCAGGUGCGGGAUGAUCCGAGAGGCCCGCCUCCUGUUUGAAAACCCUCGGGCGAAGAAGAACGUCGUCACCUGGACGGCGAUGCUGUCCGGAUACGUCCAGUCGAAGAGGAUAAAAGAGGCCGAGGAGCUCUUCGAGAAGAUGCCCGAGAAGAACGUCGUCUCCUGGAACACCAUGAUCGCAGGGUACGCGGAGAACGGGCUCCUCGAGGCGGCGUACGAGUUGUUCGAAAGAGCGCCCCUCAGAAAUGUGGUCUCGUGGAACACGAUGCUGACGGCGCUGGCUCAGAGAGGGAAGAUCGACGAGGCCAAGGAGCUCUUCCGACGGAUGCCGGAGAAGGAUACUAUCUCUUGGACGGCGAUGCUCGCGGGGCUCGCCCAGAACGGGCGGGUGGAUCAGGCUCGCUUGCUGUUCGACCAAAUGCCCGAAAAAAAUGUCGUCUCGUGGAACGCUAUGGUCUCCGGGUACGCGCAGAAUCUGAGGCUCGACGAGGCGCUCCACCUGUUCGAGAUGAUACCGGAGCCAGAUCUUCCCUCUUGGAACGCCAUGAUCACAGGGUUCAUACAGAAUGGGGAACUGAGAAAAGCGCGAGAUUUGUUCGACAAAAUGAAGCAGAGGAAUGUCGUCACCUGGACAACCCUAAUCACUGGGUACGUCCAGGAUGGGCUCGGGGAGGACGCGCUGAAGGUGUUCUCGCAGAUGCAGAGCGAUGGAGUCAAGCCCAACCAGGCGAGCUUUGUGAGCCUUCUCGCCGCCGUCAGUGACCUAGCCGGCCUCGGCGAAGGAAAGCAAAUCCAUCAGAUCAUCUGCAAGACCAUCUUCCAGUUCAGUCCCUUCGUACUGUCGGCCCUCAUCAGCAUGUACUCCAAGUGCGGCGAUAUCGCCACAGCCCGAGCCGUGUUUGAUCUGACGGAGCACAAGGACUCGGUCAUAUGGAACGGGAUAAUCGCCGCCCACGCCUACCACGGCUGCGGCAGAGAAGCCAUAGCGCUGUUUGAAAACAUGAGGAGGAGUGGGUUCGCCCCCGACGGCGCCACCUAUGUGGGAAUACUGUCGGCGUGUAGCCACUCUGGCCUGGUCGGAGAAGGGCUCAAGCUUUUCAGAGUGUUGUUGGAAGAAGAAUCAAUUGACGUGAGGGAGGAUCACUAUGCUUGCCUGGUUGAUCUCUGCGGGCGGGCUGGUCGGCUGGAGGACGCUGCUACGCUCCUGGAAAGGCUCAACGUUGGCUCCUCCUCCGCCACCGCCUGGGGGGCUCUUCUUGCAGGCUGCAACGUUUAUGGGAACGUGAGAGUUGGGAAGAUGGCGGCAAAAAAACUGCUGCAGGUGGAGCCUGGCAACGCAGGCACCUAUCUGUUGAUGUCAAAUAUAUAUGCUUCCGCGGGGAGUUGGAAGGAAGCAGCAAGGGUGAGGUUGAAGAUGAAGGACAAGGGUCUGAAGAAGCAGCCAGGGUGCAGUUGGAUUGAGGUGGGCCGCAGGGUUCACGUGUUCGUCGUGCGGGACAAGUCUCACUGCGAAAGAGAUGCGAUCUAUAGCUUGAUCCAGGAGCUUCAUCACUGGAUGAGGCUGUCGGGUUAUGUAACGCUUACGGAAUGUACGCCUGAGUGA